AUGGACGCGGCGCAGUUCUGCGAGCUGCUGCAGGCCACGCUGGCCGAGGAUGCUGCAGUGCGGCGGCAGGCAGAAGCACAACUUGCUGCUUUGAAAGCAGCAGCAGCAGACAGCUACGUGAGCUGUUUGCUGCAGACCCUUUCGGGGCACCCCGAGGAGCAGCUGCGGCUGCAGGCUGCUGUGCUGCUGCGGUCUUCGGCCUUUGGGGGCCCCCUGGAGGGGGGGGCCCACCUGUGGGGCCGGCUGUCUGCUGCAGCAAAAGCAGCAGUGCAGCAGACGCUUCUGCAGCAGCUGCAGCAGGAGAGCAGCAAGACCGUCCGCAGCAACAUCUGCAGCACCACUGCAGACCUUGCAUGCGACCUCCUCCCAGAGGACCAGUGGACCACUCUGGGGCCCCAGCUGCUGCAGCUCCUCAGCAGCAGCGAACCCCACAAGCAGCAGGGGGCCCUCCACAUUCUUGCAGAAGUUAUUCCCGCUUUGGGGCCCCAGCUGGGGGGCCCCCCAGAAAGUACCCACUUGGGGGCCCUUGUCCGCCGCUGCCUCAGUGCUGCUGCUGCUGCUGAGACCAACGCCGAGGCCCUCUCCCUCCUCGUCGCCCUCGUCGAGGACGGACAGCGAAGUGUUUACAGAAAGGUGGGGACUGCAGAAAGCCCUGUGUCCCUUCUGGUCAUUUCUGCUGCUGAGGCGGCGCUGCGGCUGGCAGGCGAAGAGACGCAGCCGGGGGAGACCCCGGACUUCCAGGUGGCCGAGAGGGUGGUGGGUUUGUUGGUGCAGCUGGUGGAGGCGGACAGGGGCGGCGGGGCUGCGCUGCUGAAGCCUCAGCUGCCGCUGCUGCUGAACUACUUGCUGGCGCUAGCGAACGCAGGGAAGGGCUUGCCGGGCCUUGCUGCUGCUGCGGACGCAGCAGCAGCAGCAGCAGCAGCUGCUGCUGCUGCAGCAGCAGGCCCAGGCUCCCCCGCAGCCGCCCCAGCAGCAGCAACGCCCUCAGUCGCAGGAGCAGCAGCAGCAGCAGCAGCAGACAAGGUGGAAGGCACGGAAACUGUGCGAAGACUCGCCAUUGAGGCGCUGCUGUGCUACGCAGAAAUGAGGCCGCAGAGCCUGCUGGGGUGUACAGACACCCUGCGCGAAGUCCUCAACACUCUCCUCAGGUGUAUGCUCGAGGCUGAACGCGAAGAGUACAAGCCCUGGUUCGAGUCCGGCGAAGAGGACGACGACGAGCAGCGGAUGUACGGGAUCGGGGAGGAGGGUCUGGACCGGCUGGCGCGGAGCUUCGAGGAGGAGGAGGGCAGCAGCAGCAACAGCAGCAGCAGCAGCAGGAACUCGAAGCGGGAGAGUCUGUCUGCUGCUACGCAUUUGCUGCCGCUGCUCGCAGAUGCCAUAAAACCCUUUCUAGAACAAGAGAAAUGGACUUUCCGUUUUGUGGCUCUCAUGGCCAUCGCCCAAACUGCAGAAUAUCUUCCUCAAGGCGACGAGCAGCAGCUCGCUGCUGUCGUCCACACUGUAGCCAAGGCGCUGGGGGACACGGACUACCGCGUGCGGUUUGCUGCCUGCCAAUGCCUGGGCCAGCUGGCCCUCGACCACGCCCCCACAGUGCAGCACGAGUACACUCACGAGCUGCUGGACCCUCUAGUCCGCUGCUUCUCCGACCCGGUCAGUCUCCCCCUGGCUAGCUAG